AUGGUAGCUUUCCGAGCAACGCAGCUCGAUGGGAUCCAGCCAAACAGCUUCACUCUCGUCGCCAUCUUCCAAGCUUGCGCCACACGGCUUGAAUCCAGAGAAGACGAUCGAGUGAAAGCUCUUUGCAACCAAGCCGUGGAGAGCGGCCUGCUAGCGUCGGGUUCCUGGAACGCCAUCGUCGCCACGGCUGUGAUUGGCACCUAUGGAAAGUGCGGCAGUGUCGACAAGGCGCUGGAAGUUUUCGAGAGAACUCCCAGGGAGUCGAGGGACGUCGUAGCAUGGAACUCGAUCAUCACAGUCUUCGUGGAGCAAAACAAGCCGGAGCUCGCACUCAAACUCUUCUGGGAGAUGCAGCUGGAAGGCGAGGAGCCGACGAGAAUCACGCUCUUGAAAGUUUUAGCAGCAGCCACAGCGUCAAGAGAUCUUGGCGUUGGUCGUUUGAUCCACCGCAAAGCUCGGCUUCGAUCGAUGGACAGAGACUUGGUCGUAGGCACGGCGCUGGCGAGCAUGUAUAGCAAACUUGGCCGAGUGGAGGAGCUCUUGGUGGAGAGGAUCGAGCAAGGCGGCCGCGACUUGGUGUGCUGGAACAUGAUAAUCUCGGCGCUCGUCCAGCAUUCUCGGAGCAAAGAAGCACUGGCCUACUUCCGGGAGAUGAAUAUCCAAGGAGUAAAACCCGAUCGAGUGACGCUUGCUCCACUCAUAAGCAGCGCCACCUUUCCAGAGAACGAAUCCAAGAUGAUACUUUGCGAGAUCUCGCGGAGUGGACUCUCGAGUAACGCGGUCAUCAGCAACGCCGUUCUAAACUUCCACUCCACGCGAAGGGCCGCAGGAUCGAAGAGGCAAGGAGAGUUUUCGAUGGAUUCCAAGAGCGAGACCUCGUGUCGUUACGCCGCGGAGGGAUUCGCGAGAGAGGCCGUGAUCCUCUUCCACCGGAUGAAACAAGAGGGAUUCCAGUCGAGUAGCGUGACUUCCACCGUGAUCUUCGCUGCUUUCUCGGAGCUCCACGGCUUGGAAGAAGCUUGCCGGGUGGUGACAGUCGAGGAGAACUUGGAGCCAGCAUCGCUGUGGAGCCUCCUGAUCUCUUCGUGCACGCAGCAGGGUCGAUCCAAGCGAGCGCUGGAAAUAUUUCGAGCCAUGCAGCUCCAAGGGAUGCGAGUGAACAGGGAAACGCUCGUUCCAGUCAUUGUCUCUUGUGGAGCUUGCUCGGCUCUGCGAGAAGGCCGCUUGAUCCACCAAGAACUCCAAAGAUCAGCUCCAACGAUCCUGGAGGAGGGCACUCGGCUCAAGAACGCGAUGAUCGACAUGUAUGGACGUAGCGGCAAGCUCCUCGACGUUGCCCACCAUAUUUUCACCGAGAUCAAGCAGCCGAGCGUGAUCUCCUGGACGGCGAUCGUCGCGGCCUACGCCCAGAAUGGCCGCGUCGAAGAAGCCACUCUCCUCUUCCAUCUCAUGAAGCUAGACGGCUCCUUGGCCGACACGCUCACCUUCACCACGAUCCUGUCGAUGUAUAGCCAUGCCGGGCUCCUGGAAGAUGGCUGCCACUGCUUUGGAUCGAUCUCCCGGGACCAUUUCCUGGCACCAGCCCCGCAGCACUACAACUGCAUGAACGAUCUCCUGGGCCGCGCCGGGCCGCCGAGUGUUUCGUCCGGGCGCCCGCCUGGACGGCAUUGCUGA